CCAAAAGGGGGCGGGGGCUUGACGCAGGGGCAAAGUACCCGGAUGCGCUGCUGUCAUCUGUAGCUGACCCUCCCGGGCUCGCGGACGUGAUGCGGGGACACAGGCGUGUGUCCCUCAGUGGAUGUAUUACGGCAGAUGCAGUGUGCUGCUGUGAUCGCUAGAGAGCGCCGUGUCGCCCACCAGCGAGCCGACAUGCGGCUGGACGUUCUGCUGUACUGGCCCAAUGUGGUUGGAUACAUUAGGAUCGGACUCGUGUUUGCUGCGUGGACUGCCUCCGAGACACCAGCAGUCUUUGUCUGUCUCUACUCAGUCUCCAUAGCACUUGACGGAGUGGACGGCUGGCUGGCGAGGAGGCUGGACCAGAGCUCCAGGUUUGGGGCCUGGCUGGAUGUAGUGGUGGACAACCUGGGCAGAGGCAUGCUGUGGAGCCUGCUGUUUGAGUGGGGUUGGCUGGUGUCUGCAUUGGAGUGGUGUGUGUUUGUGUGUAACCACAAUGCCAGAGGCGACCACUGGAAGAACAAUUUCACCGCCAGCCCUCGAUUCAUACAAGCCAUCAUGGCAAACGGGUUUCGGACAGCUCUUGGCACAUGGGUGGUGAGCGGGCUGCACUGCCUCCCGCUGUGGCUGUAUGGGUAUCGGUGGGGUUUACUGUCCCACUGGCUUUAUCUGCCUCCCUGGAUCCAGGCUCUGGGGACUCUGCUGCUGGCUGCGGGCCGCCUGCUGGCUCUGUCAGCGGAGAUAUGGUGUAUAUGGACACACAUUGAAUACCUCACUGCAGACAAGCCAGAGGAGAAAAAGAACUGAAAGACAACUUCCACUGUCCUGUCUACCCUGGAAUAAUGCUGACAUUGUUCCACCGCCUCUAUAAAGCUGAACAAACCCAGCCAUUGCUGUGGGAGAAUGUGGUAAAAUGAGCUACACUUUGUUCUGCUCUCGCAAAAAAUGUGUAUUUAUUUCAGACAUUACCUACCAUAUCGGAUGUAUCUGGACAUUAAGAUGAAAAAUAAUGUGGCUGUUUUAGAGGUACAAGAUUAACAGUGAAACCAUCUGACAGCAAGAAUAGUAUUUUUGAUCUCUCGCUUCAGUUAAACAAUUGGGGAUCUGAAUUUCUCUCUUUAAACCAGCGAACAUGAUCGAUUUUGUGCAUGGCUGCUGAGAUACAUGUGAAAAAGAAGCCUCUUUGGGUUGUUGAACCCAUAUGUUUUGCUUUUGCUUUAUGAAAUGACAGCAGCAACCAAAGGGAGAGGCUUUUUGAACGCGUAGAUCACACCAAUGUUGACCAGAAAGCCUGUAUCUGCAAGGGAUUCAGUUUUGUGUACACCUGCACACUUCCUGCAAAACAUAACAAGAAUGUGUGGCUCAAUGUUUGAGAAUGUUGAAGAGUGUGGAAUGUCUUAGCUGAGGCAACUACAACAAUAUAUUACUUUGUACCAUGGAAACCUCAUAACUGCAGUUUAUUCUCAGUUUUACUCUAGCAAAAGGCUAACUGGGUUAGGAAAAAAAUCCCCAAACCAUUUCAACCUCUAUAAAACUGCCAAUAAACACAAAGAUACAGCAUUUGUACCAAAACAAGGGUUUCAUGUGAUGGCAAUCAUGUUUAAUGUCUGUCUUAAUGUUUUUGCUUUUGUGCAUGGUGUUAAUUAUUAGGUUAACAGUUGAAAUAGGUAAUGUACCAUGCUUUUUGGGUAGUCUCAUGAAAAAUGUAUUGUGUAUAUAAAGUAUUAGAUAUGUUCAUAAAACCAUUUGCCCAUGAAAUGCAUACAGAUGUUACACCCGGAGCCAUCCAGCUAUCCCUGUGCACUGCCAACAAUGCGCAACACAUCUGCCAUUUCUACACCUUCCUACACAUUUCAUUGAAUGCUUGAUAAAUGAGCUGUAUUUUCAACUUUAACAAUAAUCCUAUUUGUAGUUGAUGGACCAUGAAGAUAUUUUUGAUAGUCCUUGAAUUUCACCAUAUUUCUAAUAAGGGUAUCAUACAGUUAUGUACAUGUAAAAGGACUGUUUUAGAGGACACACUUCAACUGAGUGGACCUCGUUGGCCUUGCUGGACAUUAUUCAGCAGAAUGCUUAAUUUCUCUACAAUUGCAGGUAUGUGGGUUUUUGCACGGGUAUGUCUUUGCUGUAAUAUUUUACAGGAAAAGAAGUAUUUUGCGUAUUCAUUUGAUGAGAAUUGUAUUCAUCUUUUUGUGAUAUUGCUGUGCACUGUGCUCACUUUUCAUUCUGGACCUUUCCUGGGGAAGUUGCAGAGCAGUUAUGCAGGAGAGACCCUGUGAAUACUCUGAUUCUCUACAAUCCUUGCAAUAAAAUGCUGAAAGACA